AUGGUCCAUCAACGGGAAGGAUUCAAGAGCAGGGUCUUCAGCGUGCCAGCGGUCAUCAUUGACAACGGCUCUGGCCUUUGCAAGGCCGGGGUCUCCGGAGAAGUCGGUCCACGGCACGUCAUCGCCUCCAUUAUUGGCUGGCCCAAAAGCAAAUUAUCGCUGUCCGGAGCCAGAAAGAGAGAGUGCUACGUUGGAAAUGAGGCCCAAGAUCGGCGAGAAGCGCUGUCUUUGCGAUAUCCCAUCGAGAAUGGCAUCAUUACGUCAUGGGAGGAUAUGGAGCAGAUUUGGAAGCACAUUUAUGACAAAGGGUUGGGGAUAAGAGCUUUUGAGAGGCCUGUGUUGAUGACCGAGUCUCCGUUGAAUCCAAAGGAGGACAGAGCCAAAAUCACCCAGCUGAUGUUCGAACACUUCAAAGUCCCAGCCUUUUACCUCUCCAUCCAGGCUAUAUUGUCUCUCUAUGCGUCAGCGCGUUACACCGGGAUAGUCAUGGACAGCGGCUUUGGGGCAACCCAUGUGGUGCCCGUAUACGAGGGAUAUUGUUUGCCCCAUGCUGUCUCCAGGUUAGACAUUGGUGGCAAGGCCAUCACUGAGUUCCUCAGAAACCUGCUUCUGGACAAGAGACACUACUUCAGGAAUUUCCUAGAAGGCAGCAAUAUUGUGGAAGACAUCAAAGUGAAGUUGUGUUUCGUGGCUCCGGAUCCCUCUGGCGAUCAACACAGAAGUUCAGAGCCCUCCGUCAAAGAGUACCAGCUUCCUGACGGGAGCAAGAUCAAAAUCGACGACCCGCUCUUCCUGGCACCGGAGAUCCUUUUCACACCUAGCAAUAUCAACAGAGGUGGCUACGGGAUCCACAAAAUGAUCGCCAAGAGCAUUAAAAAAUGCGACUCCAGCAUCCGUAACAUGCUCUACGCGAACGUGUUGCUCUCCGGCGGCUCCUCCCUGUUUCCCGGAUUAGACGAGAGGGUCUUCAAAGGGCUCGAAAUGCAAGUGCCCCAAGGCGUUCCCAUCAAAGUCAUCGCGCCACCGGAUCGGUGGUUCUCCACGUGGAUCGGGGCCUCCAUCGUGACGUCGCUGGGCACCUUUAAGCAGAUGUGGGUCACCGCAGCCGACUACAGAGAAUUUGGGCCCAACAUUGUACACAGGCGGUGCUUUUAAAGAGGGUUCGGGGACAAGUUGCCCGCUCGUGAAAAGAAUUAACAAGCAGU